AUGAAGGACACCUUAAAACCGAAAUUUUACUCGCCGCUUAGGAGUUCAUCUUUAAGCACAGAAUCUCUGAAUACUACUCUAGGAAAAGAUUCUUAUCACUGAAGCUUCUCCAAAGCAAACAGAUUUACCCACAAGCAAAUCACGUCAACCCCAGACUUCAUAAUCCCUCCAACUUCUUUAUCAAAAAGAUCAACUUCUUUUGGCUUCGGCAAAAGAUGAGAGCCAAAAAACGACAAAGGCAGAGAUUCGCCCCCACCCACAUGUUAUAGUCCGCCAAGCUAUUUUGCUGUACAUUCAAGAGCUGUUAAUUUUAGUUCUGGAGUAACAGCUGAGCGAACACCAAUUAAAACAAAAAUUGUCCCAGGGCCUGGAGCUUAUAAUGUAGAUUUACCUUUUGGAAAAAAUAGCCCUAAGUUUACAUUAAGGCCAAGAAUACAAUUUAAAGAGAAAUAUUUAACGCCAGCUCCUGGGACAUAUAACCCCAGCUUUAAAAUUGUUGAAAGGUCAAACUUUUCAAAAAUCGGGUUUGGACAUGGAGAAAGAAAAAAUAUGAGACAAUUAGAUGAGAGCCCUGGGCCUGGGACGUAUGAUUUGCCAGGAAUUUUUAACAGAAGCAAUAGUGGGAUUUUUGCACCCAUUAGAAACCAAACUUCAUUUGCUAAAAAAACAGAGGAUUACAGUUUUUAA